AUGUUUUCAGAUUCUAUAGAUCAUGGAAGAGCUAUAAGGGGUCACAGAAUCCAUAGAAGCACCCCCAUGAAAUCUUUGAAGAAGCUGAAAAUAAAAUCUCUAAAACGUUUGAGCAAGUAUUCAUCAUUUCAUUCAUUUGGGUUCUCAGAUUUUGAUUCAUAUGGGUCUCCUUCUUCCCUACCCUUGCCACCUUACAACUCACUAGCACCAUCUAGUUCCAUUCAUCCUCCAUUGGCACCUCCAAGCAUAGGUGGCAUUGGCAGCCCUAAUCUCCCAGCAUUUUCACCUCUUCCAAGCCCACCUUCUCAUGGUGGUGGUGUAUCUGGGCCGCCAAGCCCAAGAACCAUUGUUGUUUCACCAACACCACCAUCACCUCCAUAUUCUUCUUCAAGCCCACCAAAGCAUUCUCCAAGCCCACCAGGCCCACCAAAAAGUGUUCCAAGUCUAAGCCCACCACCACUGGUGUACCGGCCACCCGUGGUGUUCCCACCACCCCCUUCACCCUCCACGCACCACAAAAAGCCCCCCCAGUACGCGCUUUGGUGUGUAGCAAAGCCCACAGUUCCAGACCCGAUAAUUCAGGAGGCCAUGGACUAUGCCUGUGGGUCUGGGGCAGAUUGCAAAUCCAUUCAGCCCAAUGGGCUAUGCUUCCAGCCCAACACUCUGCUGGCCCAUGCUUCCUUUGCCUUCAAUAGUUACUGGCAGAACACUAAGAUUGGUGGAGGCACUUGUGAUUUUGGUGGAACUGCCAUGCUCGUCACUGUUGAUCCAAGUUAUGACAAAUGCAACUUCAUGUUGACUUAG